AUGCAAAGCAGUAAUCCUUUGAAAAAGCAAAGAACCUACGAAGACAUCGGCCUUGACAGUAUUGAAAAAAAAAAAAACAAACAAAAUUCGAUAGGGUUAGAAAAAAUGGAAGGAGAAAAGAUCGAUGCAAAUUUGUAUUCCCGUCAAUUGGGAACCUAUGGUUUUGAAUUGAUGAACAAGCUAAUAAAAAUGAAUGUAUUAAUUAUAAAUGUUAAGGGUGUUGGAUUAGAAUGUGCAAAGAAUUUAAUUUUAUCUGGUCCUAAGUCUGUUUGUAUAUAUGAUAAUGAUAUAUGUGAGAUUAGCGAUGUUGGUGUAAAUUUUUAUAUAACAGAAAAUCAUGUUGAAAAUAAAAUUUGUCGAAGUAAUGCAGUUUUAUCUAAUUUACAAGAAUUAAAUAAUUAUGUACAUGUUUAUAAUUAUACAGGAAAUUUAAAUGAUCCAAAUUUUAUCGAAAAAUUUGAUGUUGUUGUUUGUUGUGAUACAAAAGAUUCAGAUAUAAUAAAAUAUAAUAAUUUAGUAAGAAGUAUAGAAACAAAAAAUAUUGCAUUCUUAAGUUGUAAUGUUUAUGGUUUAUGUGGUUACAUAUUUAAUGAUUUUAAUAAAAAUUUUAUAUGUCAUGAUAAAGAUGGUGAAAAUGUAAAAUCAUGUAGUAUAAGCCAAAUAAGUAAAGAGACAGAAGGUAAAGUUUCCUUCGAUUUUGAUAAAAGUUCACCAUUUCAAAAUGGCGAUUUUGUAAAGUUCACAAAUGUUGAAGGUAUGACUGAAAUAAAUGGACAAAUAUUUCAAAUUAAAAAUUUAAAAAAAUAUACAUUUACAAUUGGUGAUACAACAAAGUUUAGUGACUAUAUAAAAGGUGGAGAAUGUACACAAGUUAAAACUAAUUUAAAAAUAGAUUUCAAACCAUAUGAAUAUAUUAAGAGUAAACCAUUAUUAUGUUCACCUCCUGAUAAUUCAGAUCAAUCAAAUAACAUAACCAUAGUGGACGAUAAUAAAGGAGGGAAAGUAAUAUUUGAAGAAGUCACAUUACCAACAAGCUUUAUAAUAUCAGAUUAUUCUAAAUUAAAUGCAAGUAAUUAUUUACAUUAUGCUAUUCAAGGAUUAAAAUGGUAUGAAAGUGAAUUUAACUGUUUACCUGAAAAUGAUCAAAAUGAAGAAUUUGAAAAGAUAUAUAAAAAAGCAUGCGAUUUAAAUAGUAAAGAUAAAGAAAAUAAAUUACCAUGGUCUGUAGACGAAUUAGAUAAAAAUAUAAUUAUAAAUGUUGUAAAAUAUAGUAAAGCACAUAUAUCACCAAUUACUUCAUUCUUUGGUGGAUUACUAGCUCAAGAGAUUGUAAAAUUUACAGGAAAAUAUAUGCCAAUACAUCAACUAUUAUAUAUGGAUUUUUUUGAAUGUAUUAAUAUGAGUGAUGAAGAAAAUGUCGAAGAUAAAAAAAAAUUAAAUUGUAAAAAUGAUAAUAUUAUAUCUAUAUUUGGAAAAAAGUUUCAAGACAAGUUAAAUAAAUUAAAUAUUUUCUUAGUUGGAUCAGGAGCAUUAGGAUGUGAAUUUGCAAAAUUAUUUUCAUUGCUUGAUAUGUGUACAGUUGAAAAAAAUGGUUCUUUAAUAAUUACAGAUAAUGAUAAUAUAGAAGUUUCAAAUUUAAAUCGUCAAUUUUUAUUUAGACGAGAACAUAUUGAAAAAUCAAAAUCGCUAGUUGCAUCUAAUGCUAUCAAAAAUAAAAAUAAAAAUAUAAAUGUUAUAUCAUAUGUUACAAAAGUCGGACAAGAAAAUGAACAUAUAUUUGAUGAAAAGUUUUGGACAAAACAAGAUUUUAUAAUUAAUGCAUUAGAUAAUAUUGUAGCUAGACAAUAUGUUGAUAAUAAAUGUGUAUGGUAUUCUAAACCAUUAUUUGAAUCAGGAACAUUAGGGACAAAAGGUAAUGUACAAAUUAUCAUUCCUCACAUGACACAGUCAUAUAAUGAUAGUUAUGAUCCCCCUGAAGAUUCAAUUCCUUUAUGUACUUUAAAACAUUUUCCAUAUGAUAUUGUACAUACUAUCGAAUAUGCUAGAGAUAUAUUUCAAGGCUUAUUUUAUAAUGUCCCUUUAAGUAUACAACAAUUUUUAAAUAAUAAAGAUGAGUAUAUUAAAAAAAUUCAAGAUGAAGGAAAUAAUGCAUCUUCUUUAGAAAAUUUAGAAAAUGUUUUAAAUACAUUAAAAGAAAUUAUUAAAGAAAAUAAAAAUUUUAAUUUCUGUAUUAAAAAAGCAGUACAUUUAUUUCAUUCAAAUUUUAUAAAUCAAAUUAGCCAAUUGUUAUAUUCAUUUCCUUUAGAUUAUAAAUUAUCAACUGGUGAAUUUUUUUGGGUUGGACAAAAAAAACCACCACAAGUUAUUGAAUUUGAUAUAAAUAAUACAUAUGUUCAAGAAUAUUUAGUUAGUACAGCUAACUUAUAUGCACAAGUAUAUAAUAUACCUACUUGUUAUGAUAUUAAAUAUAUUAUAGAUGCAGCUAGCCAAAUAAAAGUAGAACCAUUUUCUCCAAAAAAUGUAAAAGUUAAUAUUGAUGAAAAAAAUCUAAAUAAUAUAUCUAUCUCCUAUGCACAAGAUAAUAAAUUAAUACAAGACUAUUGUAAUGAAUUAUUAAACAUACAAACAAAUUCAUUAAAAGUUUCUCCUAUUGAAUUUGACAAAGAUGAAGAAUCAGGAUUACAUGUUAAUUUUAUUUAUGCAUUUGCUAACUUAAGAGCUAUGAAUUAUAAAAUAACUACUUGUGAUAAAUUAAAAACAAAAAUGGUAGCUGGAAAAAUUAUACCUGCAUUAGCUACUACUACAUCUAUUAUUACUGGUCUUGUUGGUAUUGAAAUUUUAAAAUAUGUAAACUAUUCUGAUUCAAUUCAAAAAUAUGUUAAACUAACUGAUGAAGAAAAGAAAAAAGAAAAAGAUAUUCUUUCUUAUUUCAAAAAUGCAUUUAUUAAUACCGCAUUGCCAUUAUUCAUCUUUUCGGAGCCAAUGCCCCCUUUGAGAAUGAAAGAUAAGGAAUAUGACGAACUUAUGAAGGGACCCGUAAAAGCUAUACCCAAUGGCUUUACGACAUGGGACAAAAUAGAAAUAUCAAUAAAAAAUGGAACCAUAAAAGAUCUAGUGGACCAUAUAAAUGAAAAGUUUAACAUAGAUGUGAACUUAAUAUCUGUUGGAAAUGCUUGCCUAUAUAAUUGUUACUUACCAGUACAUAAUAAGGAAAGAUUGAAUAAACCUAUUCACGAAAUAUAUGAACAAAUAAGUAAACAAUCUCUCCCUAGUGAUAAGGAUUAUAUUGUUGUAGAAGCUAGUUGUAGUGAUCAAGAUCUUGUAGAUGUACUUAUCCCAUCAAUUAAAUUUAUAUAUAAAUAA